UUGUUGGAAACUAGGCUCUCAGUAUGAUAUUUUUCCAUGCGUGUGGGUCUCAAGAGCAUGAUAUUUUUCACACCCCACCGUACACUCCCCUGCAAUUACUUUCCAUCUCUCCGAUUUCCUUAUAAAGCUAAGUGACUGCAGGUUUAGGAGUUACACAACCAACACGAUUUGAAGUAGCACUUGCUUGUUAUUAAUAAUUUAUGGCAACUUCCAUCAGUUGUACUUCCUCCUCCUUCCUCAUUAUGAGGUAUUUCAUCAGUUUGUUCGUACUUCUUGGCCUGAAUUUGUGGUCUUUGGACAGGGGCUUUGCCUUGGCAGAAGGAACUUCAAAAAGGCACCUCCUUCAUCCAAAAAACACACACAUAGUUAAUCUCCACUCUCUACUGCCAGCAAACACCUGCAGCCCCUCCACCAGAGGUAACAAAAGGAAGGCAACUCUUGAAGUGGUACACAAGCAUGGGCCUUGCUCUCAUCUUCCUCAAAACAAAGGUACUACGAUGAAUCACACUCAAAUUCUGGAACAAGACCAAGCGCGAGUCAACUCAAUCAACUCCCGGACUUCCAAGAAACUGAACGGCGUCGAGGAUCUAAGCCAAUCGGAGGCCACGUCACUCCCGGCCCAGUUGGCUAGCAGCCAAGGUGCAGGCAACUACAUAGUGAGGGUGGGAUUAGGCACACCUACAAAACAACUUUCGCUCGAAUUUGACACCGGAAGCUACUUCACUUGGACUCAAUGUCAACCUUGUGCUGUCUCUUGCUACCCACAAAAUGAUACCAUUUUCGACCCCGCCUCCUCCACCUCGUAUGCCAACGUUUCUUGUAACAACGCAAAGUGCGUCGAACUCGGCGCAUCUACAAAAUACAACUCUUGCUUACGAGGCACAUGCUUAUACCGUAUGUUGUACGGAGAUGAGUACCAUAACUCGUACACCAUUGGACUUUUGGCCAAAGACAAGCUGACCUUAACUUCAAACGACGUGUUUGAUGGAUUCCUCUUUGGCUGCGGCGAAGAAAAUGUACGCUUCAUUGGUCCCUCGGCCGGUUUACUUGGCCUCUCCCGCAACAACUUCUCCAUAAUCGAACAAACAGCGCAGAAGUACGGCCGCUUCUUUUCCUACUGUUUGCCACCGACAGCAAGCUCCACCGGUUACCUCAGCUUCGGCUCACCCGGUCGAGCUUCCAGUGCCGCCGUAAGAUACACGCGGCUCACUACUUUAUCCUUGAGUUCAUCGUAUUACGGCCUUGACGUGGUUGGCAUUAAUGUGAACGGACAAAAGCUAUCCAUUCCGCCUUCUGUGUUUUCGUCCCCGGGAACUAUCAUCGACUCCGGUACCGUAAUAUCAAGGCUUGGGUCCACCGCCUACAGCGCUUUGCGUGACGCCUUUAAGGCAGCGAUGAAAAGCUAUCCGGCAGCGGCGCCGGAUGAGCUCCUCGAUACAUGCUACGACCUCAGUGGCUAUUCAACGGUGACUUAUCCGAAAAUAGCGUUUGUGUUUGGCGGUGGGGUUACGUUGGAUUUGGAUGAAACCGGAAUUGUCUACUUUCUCAACGGUUUGAAGCAGGUUUGCUUGGCUUUUGCUGGGUAUGAUGAUGAUAAACACAUUGCGAUUUUUGGGAAUACUCAACAGAAGAACAUGGAGGUGUUGUAUGACGUUGCCGGAGGAAGAGUCGGAUUUGCUCCUGGUGGUUGCUGAUGAUUGUUAUAAGUUAUAACAUUGCAUGUACUGCUAAGCUAGCCAAAUCGAGGUUGCGCUCCUUUGAUUGGGCUGAUAGGCCCCCAACCUCCAUUGUCUCUGUUCUAAGAAGUGAUGACCUCCCUGGACCACCAUCUCCCUUCAGUACUUAAGUUUCUACUAGGUGUUUACUUUUUAGUUU